CGGUCCCGCCCGGCGCCUUCCUCCGCGAGAGGCGACCGGAGCGCGGCCCGGCCGAGCGGCAGCGACCGGCAGCGGGACUCCGAAGUCCACCAACGGCGCGGCCGCGCUCCCCGCACGCCCGGCCGGCCGGCCCUGCGGGCCACUCCCGACCGCGGCCUCGCUCCUGCCCCGCGGUGACCGCAAGCCCCGCUGCGUCCCCCUGCGGCCCCUCCUCGUCGCCUGUCCGUCCCCGCUGUGUCUUCGCUGUGUCCCCCGCUCCGUCCUUCUCUGUCCCCGUUCCGUCCCGCUGUGUCCCUCGCUCCGUCCCCGCCCGCCGACCCCCGGCGAUGCCGCGCGGCGCCACCUGGGCGCUGCUCUUGGCCGCGGCCCUGGGGCUCGGGGCGCGCGGCGUGCGCGGCGCUGUGGCCCUAGCCGACUUCUACCCGUUCGGCGCGGAGCGCGGCGACGCCGUCACCCCCAAGCAGGACGACGGCGGCUCCGGGCUGCGGCCGCUCUCCGUGCCCUUUCCGUUCUUCGGCGCCGAGCACUCCGGUCUCUACGUGAACAACAACGGGAUCGUCUCCUUCCUGAAGGAGGUUUCUCAGUUCACCCCAGUGGCCUUCCCCAUCGCCAAGGACCGCUGCGUGGUGGCGGCCUUCUGGGCGGACGUGGACAACCGGCGUGCAGGCGACGUGUACUACCGGGAGGCCACCGACGCAGCCACGCUGCGCAGGGCCACAGAUGACGUCAGGCGCUACUUCCCCGAGCUCCCAGGCUUCUCCGCCACCUGGGUGUUCAUAGCCACUUGGUACCGCGUCACCUUCUUCGGAGGCAGCUCCUCUUCCCCCGUCAACACGUUCCAGACCGUGCUCAUCACCGACGGCAAGCUCUCCUUCACCAUCUUCAACUACGAGUCCAUCACGUGGACCACAGGCACGCACGCCAGCAGCGGGGGCGACGCCGCUGGUCUGGGGGGCAUCGCGGCCCAGGCCGGCUUCAAUGCGGGUGAUGGGCGGCGCUACUUCAGCAUCCCCGGCUCACGCACCGCGGACGUGGUGGAGGUGGAGACCACCACCAACGUGGGCGUGCCCGGGCGCUGGGCGUUCAGAAUCGAUGAUGCCCAGGUGCGCGUGGGGGGCUGCGGCCAUACAACCUCCGUGUGCCUGACCCUGCGCCCCUGCCUCAACGGCGGCAAGUGCAUUGACGACUGCGUCACGGGCAACCCCUCCUACACCUGCUCCUGCCUCUCGGGCUUCACGGGGAGGAGGUGCCACCUGGAUGUGAACGAGUGUGCUUCCCACCCGUGUCAGAACGGCGGGACCUGCACGCACGGCGUCAACAGCUUCAUCUGCCAGUGCCCGGCGGGCUUCGGGGGACCCACCUGUGAGACAGCACAGUCUCCGUGCGAUGCCAAAGAGUGUGAGAACGGCGGCUGGUGCCAGGCGGAGGGCGGCUCUGCAGUGUGCGUGUGCGCAGCCGGCUACACGGGUGCAGCCUGCGAGACGGAUGUGGACGAGUGCGGCUCUGACCCCUGCCUGAACGGAGGGUCAUGUGUCGACCUGGUGGGGAAUUUCACCUGCCUUUGUUCAGAGCCCUUCGAGGGACCUCGCUGCGAGACAGGAAGCCACCCGGUGCCCGACGCCUGCCUCUCGGCCCCCUGCCAGAACGGGGGCACCUGUGUGGAUGCGGAGCAGGGCUACGUGUGUGAAUGCCCCGAAGGCUUCAUGGGCCUUGACUGCAGGGAGAGAACCCCCAACAACUGUGAGUGCCGUAAUGGUGGCAGGUGCCUGGGGGCUAACACCACCCUCUGCCAGUGCCCUCCGGGCUUCUUUGGGCUCCUCUGCGAAUUUGGUAGGUGCCCAGGGCUGGGAUGGGGGCGCCCUUCCUGCCUGGACCCUGAGAAUCCCCACAACCACCGUGUAAGUGGUGGCUUGGGCCUGGGCCCGGACCCGCAUGGUAGGCCCCGGGGGGUGGGGUGGGGAGGCCACAAGGGUGCCCGAACCUGGUCACCCGGGCAGCUCGGUCCUUCUCAAGGACACACGAUCUCCAGGGAGACACGCGGGGACGUGAGACGGGCUCUCCCCUUCCCUGCAGAGGUCACGGCCAUGCCCUGCAACGUGAACACGCAGUGCCCCGACGGUGGCCACUGCAUGGAGUACGGCGGGAGCUACCUGUGCGUCUGCCACACCAACCACAACGUCAGCCACUCGCUGCCGUCCCCCUGCGACUCAGACCCCUGCUUCAACGGAGGCUCCUGUGAUGCCCACGAUGACUCCUACACGUGCGAGUGCCCGCGGGGCUUCCACGGCCGGCACUGUGAGAAAGCCCGGCCGCGCCUGUGCAGCUCGGGGCCCUGCAGGAACGGCGGCACAUGCAAGGAAGCGGGCGGCGAGUACCGCUGCGACUGCCCCUACCGCUUCACCGGAAGGCACUGCGAGAUCGGGAAGCCAGACUCAUGCGCCUCUGGCCCCUGUCACAACGGCGGCACCUGUUUCCACUACAUCGGCAAAUACAAGUGUGACUGUCCCCCAGGCUUCUCGGGAAGGCACUGCGAGAUAGGUAAGGGGGGCGGAGGCCAGCGGGCCAGGGUGCAGACAAGAAGACAGGCCCGGUGGGCAGGGAUGGCCCGACCACGGAGGCGUGGGAGGCGGAGCUGGGGCGAGAGACGGGACGCUCUCCUGCAGCCCCGAGGCCUUUGGGGAGGACUCGGUGGUGGCCCCCCCCACCGGGCCGAGUGGAAGAGCACAGGGGCUGCAGUUCUGAGCCUGGCCUGCGCCUCCUCCCUUUGGUAUCCUCUGUGCACCCUUGCAGCCCCCUCUCCCUGCUUCCGGAGCCCGUGCAUGAAUGGGGGUACCUGCGAGGCCCUGGGGACAGACUUCUCCUGCCACUGUCAAGCAGGGUACACCGGACGCCGGUGCCAGGCAGAGGUGGACUGCGGCCCGCCCGAGGAGGUGACACAUGCCACCCUGCGCUUCAACGGCACCCGGCUGGGCUCGGUGGCCCUCUACUCGUGUGACCGAGGCUACAGCCCGAGCACCUCCAACCACAUCCGCGUCUGCCAGCCGCAGGGCGUCUGGAGUGAGCCUCCCCAGUGCCACGAAAUUGACGAGUGCCGAUCCCAGCCGUGCCUGCAUGGGGGCUCCUGCCAGGACCGCGUCGCUGGGUACCUGUGUGUCUGCAGCCCAGGGCAUGAAGGAGCCCGCUGCGAGCUGGAGACAGACGAGUGCCUGACGCAGCCCUGCAGAAACGGAGGCUCCUGCAGGGACCUCCCGGGGGCCUUUGUCUGCCAGUGCCCCCCAGGCUUCGUUGGAGUCCACUGCGAGACAGAGGUGGACGCCUGCGACUCCAGGCCCUGCCAGCACGGAGGCCGGUGUGAGAACGGUGGCGGGGCCUACCUGUGUGUCUGCCCAGAGGGCUUCUUCGGCUACCACUGCGAGACAGUGAGCGACCCCUGCUUCUCCAGCCCCUGUGGGGGCCGCGGCUACUGCCUGGCCAGCAACGGGUCCCACAGCUGCACCUGUAAAGCGGGCUACACGGGCAAGGACUGUGCCAAAGAGCUCUUCCCACCAACGGCCCUCAAGGUGGAGCGAGUGGAGGAGAGCGGGGUCUCCAUCUCCUGGCACCCACCCGAAGGCCCAGCCGCCCGGCAGAUGCUCGACGGCUACGCAGUCACCUACGCCUCUUCCGACGGCUCCUACCGCCGCACGGACUUCGUGGACCGGGGCCGCUUCUCGCACCAGCUCCGGGCCCUGGCGGCCGGCAGGGCUUACAACAUCUCCGUCUUCUCGGUCAAGCGCAAUGCCAACAACAAGAAUGACAUCAGCAGGCCCGUGGUGCUUCUCACCCGCACGCGACCCCGCCCCGUCGAGGGCCUUGAGGUCACCAACGUGACUGCCAGCGCCAUCUCGGUGCGAUGGGCUCUGCACAAGAUCCGCCACGCCACCGUCAGCAGCGUCCGCGUGUCCAUCCGCCACCCCAAGGCCCAGGAGGACGAGUCCACCGACGUGGACAAGGGUGUUGACAAGUUCACAUUCAGGGCCCUGCUUCCAGGAAGGAGAUACACCAUCUGGGUGACUGCCCUCAGCGGGCCUGGGGGGCAGGAGCACCCCACCGAGAGCCUGGCCUCGGCGCCGCUGCACGUGUGGACCCGGCCUCUGCCGCCAGCCAACCUGACCGCCGCCCGAGUCACGGCCACCUCCGCCCACGUAGUCUGGGAUGCCCCCACUCCGGGCACCUCACUGGAGGCCUACGUCAUCAACGUGACCACUAGCCAGAGCAGCAAGAGCCGCUACGUCCCCAAUGGGAGGCUGGUGUCCUACACAGUGCGGGACCUGAGGCCUGGACGGCGGUACCAGCUGUCAGUGACGGCCGUGCAGAGCGCCGGGGGCGACCAGCUGCACAGCGAGCCCGCUCACCUGUACAUCAUCACCUCCGCAAGGGACGGCGCCGACAGACGCUGGCACCGGGAAGGACUCCCCCCGCGGGCGCUCAGAACCCGACCGGCCCCCGCGCGCCUGCCGGAGCUGCGUCUGCUCAACGACCCCGGCGCCCCCGCAACGCCGACCCAGGCCCCCAGGUUCUCGGAGCUCGUGGACGGCAGAGGACGAGUGAGCGCCAGCUUCCGCAGCUCGCCUGGCAGACGGGUCACCGUGAGAUCACAACCCACGGCUCUGGUGCAGCUGGAGAACGCGGAGGAGGUCCCCGAGCAGGUCAGCCUGGCCCUCCAGCUCCCCGGACGCAGUGGUGACAAGGGCGUGGAAAAUGCCCCUGGGAACUGCUCAGACAACCCCUGUCAGAACGGAGGCACCUGUGUGCCUGGUGAGGAUGCCCACAGCUGUGACUGCACCCCGGGGUUCAAAGGCAGACACUGUGAGCUUGCAGCCUGUAGAAAGGUGCCCCAGCCCUGCACACGGCUGUUCUCGGAGACAAAGUCCUUUCCGGUCUGGGAAAGAGGCGUCUGUCACCACGUGUAUAAAAGAGUCUACAAAGUGCAUCCAGACACCUGUUUCAAAGAGAGCUGUGAGAGCACGCGCGCCAGGACCCCAGACAGGAAACAAAGUAACAGUCCUACACUGAAGAAAUCUUAAGGAUCAGGAUGCUCUUGUUAACGCUCCAUCAACCUCACGAGUUUCUAAAGCCCAGGAAGACGAGGUCUAAAAUUGGAUUGAAAACAAGGUCCUGGCUGGAGUCGGUGCCCUGAGUGGCUUCUCUCCUCUGGCCUCUGGAAGACAGACGGCCAGGCCAGGCAAGCACCAGCCACCUCCUUGCCCAGCCACGACCAGGGAGACCUCCGGGACAGAACCCACAUCUGACAUAGCCCAGGCUGCAGUCUUCUAGGAAGCAGUCUGCGCCACGGUGAAUGCGCACCCACGGCACACACGUUAGCCCUGGAUGGCAAGGCUGUCCACCAGGAAUGCUUUUGCAACCUUCAGAAACCAGUUCUCAGAUUCCGAAGUCAGAGACAGAGUUCUCCCUUUGAGAGCUAGCAACAAAACUGAGGAACUGCUCUCAACAGCUUCCAAAGCAGAGAUGGUGGGGCUGGGAGGAAGGGGCAGAGGUGAGGCCACACUGGAAGCACUUGGCCCGGCUCUCCUCCGCCAGCAGAUUAUUUAUGCUGACCGUUCGCAGGCUACGCUCCAUCAUAUGGACCAGCUGACUCUGAGAGAGAAAAUGAUAACACUAAGACGGAGUUUAAACACUUUUUACCUACAACCUUUUCUGCAAAGGUCAGACGGUAUUCCUGGCUUUGAGGACCCUAUGGUCUCUGUGGCAAUGACUCAGCUCUGCAGUGGUAGCACAAAUGCAGCCAACAGACGUGUGACUGACCAGGCGUGGCUGGGUUCCAAUAAAACUUUAUUUACAAAAACAGGCAGGGCCGAGUUGGCCCAUGCACCACACUGGGUUAACCCCUGGUCUUCGAGGUCAUAGGCUUUGGCCUCUCCCCUGGAUGACAAGUCCCACCAAGGCACCAAAGACCUCAAGGGUUUCAUGGAAACCUCAAGGGUUUCAGACCCCACUUGGAAAGCCAAGGCAGCACCUCUACCAAGUACAGCGAGGGCUCCUCCCACAAGCCUGAAUGCGAUGCUGGUUAGGGUUUCUCUUAGUCCAGGACUCAAAUAACGCUGUGUGGGGCUCUCAGGUAGUAAGCACCGUGUUCCACACGCUCCUCCUUCACACACAGAUCGCCGCGUCAUCCUGCCACCCCUGCUCUCUAGCACGCUUCUAAGCAGCGCUUGCUUCUCCCUGCAAAUGAGCUGAAAACCAAACAAGCCAACCCCACCUCUAGUGUGCUGAACAUUUUAGCAGCUGACCCAAACUGGAACUCAAGCCCCCGUGCAUCUUCCACUGACUCUGCCCUGAGUCAGCAUCACAGCCACAGAAAGGGGCUCUUCCUUUCAUCUUUUAUAAAAAAGUUUUUUUUACAGAGUUAUAUUUUAGGCUUUUUAUUUUUAUUAAAGUUUUGUGUGCAUAUGUCUGUGUAUUAUGCAUUCUGUCAUUUUCAGCAAGGAGGAAUAGUCAUUUCGAGAAGUCUCUACUGUACUCCAGAAGGUCCCCAGUCUCCAAGGCCCACCUGGAGAAGACGGCUGAGUGCAGUCCAGGGGCUCUGACACUGGGAGAAUCGAGAGAAAACCACAUACGUAAACACGUACUGCUGACCUGUGCUCUGGCACUGGGACCUGUCACUGUGCAUCUGUGUAGGCUACGGCGUCACGAGCAAACAGCAAGAUCAAGUGAUAUCACUGGAAAGAAGACAAAACCCUCUACUGCCAUGUCAAUAACCUCAAGCCCCUCAGCCACGAGGCAAAUGUAACGUGUUCCAGUCUUUAGCUUAGAAGCCCUUGUUUCUACAAGAAACAGUCUACUGAAUCCUGAGCUUGGUGCUGUGUUUUCUUAUGAUUAACCCAUUUUGAUGUUUUAUAAGUUAAACAUCUAGUAAAAGACUUCCUGAUGCUAAAGGAAUUAUAAUUCAUCCUUGAAACAUUACAAGUGAGCCACUGCUUUUUUCCACAUGGCUCCUUCUUAAAACUCUAACGUCUUCCUUGGAGAUACUCAAGGUCCACCCCAAAAAUUAGCAAAAAUGGAAUCAAAAAAUUGCCAGGGGCAUGCACAUUUCUGUGUCGGGAAGAAAGGAGCGAUCCUGAGUUG